UUCCUUAUUUUUGCAGCUAUUUCUUGAAUGGAUGGAAUUUUGCUCUUCCACUCUGUUCAUCUCUUUCUCUUCCUAAACCCCAUCACUAUCUCUUUCUACCCACCCUUUCAUGACAACCAAUCUUCUACCGGCGCUCCCUUCAAUAUCCUCUCCCCGUCGCUUCUUUCACUUCCAUUUCCGUUCCUUUGAUCUUCAUGGAGAUUCUCUUCCCUCCUCCCUCUUUCUCCAUCCAGCUCCCUUCCUCUUCCUCUUUCCUCUCGGAUCGGACCUCCGCUCCUCCUCCUCCUCCUCCUCCGCCGCCCGACCAUCGCCUUGAUUCGCCUUUCAACUCUUUUGAUUACUGCUCUGAUUCCUCCUCCUCGAUUGGUGAUCCUGAUGAUAGCGACGACGAGAGCGUUUCAUCCACUGGUGGAGAUUCUGAGGAAGUUCAAAGUAAAUUAUCUCUUCGAUCGUUGGAGGACUCUCUUCCGAUUAAGAGAGGGUUAUCGAGUCAUUUCUCUGGAAAAUCGAAAUCGUUUGCGAAUUUAGCUGAGGCGAAAUCGGUAAAAGAUAUUGAGAAACAUGAAAAUUCAUUGAAUAAGAGAAGACGAAUUCUGAUUGCGUCGAAAUUGGCUAAGAAAUCGUCCUUUUACGCUUGGCCAAACCCUAAGUCGAUGCCUCUGUUAACACUGAGAGAAGAAGAAGACGAUGAUAAUAAUGAUGAAGAGGAAUCAUGUACUACUGCUCCAUCUUCUUCUGAAGAUAAUGAAGAAGACGAAGGCCAUGAAAAACGGAAAGGAAAAAGAGUUAGGGAUUUUCGUCAGAGAAGAUUGAUGAGCUUCAAGUCACGAAGCUUUUCUAUGGCGGAUCUACAACAACAACACCAUGGUAUUGAUGGACAACAAGAACAAUGAUUCAUAGCCUUUACUCUUUUGUUUUUCUUCUUUUCAUUUUUUUGUGGUUAUUUGUUUCUUCUCCUUCUCUUUUCCUUUUUUCACUUUAUUUUUAUUUUCUCUUAGAUUUCUUUUGUAUAAACACCUCUCCAUUAUAAAUAAAAUCUUUUCCCCCUUUUUUAUUCCUAAA